UUUCCAAGCGACUAUGUUCCCACUGUCUUUGAUAACUAUGCUGUCGCCGUAAUGAUUGGUGACGAUCCUUACAUGCUAGGUCUUUUCAACACUGCCGGUUCAUGUCUUUUUGAUUAUGACCACCUCCGGCCACUGUCAUACCCCCAAACUGAUGUCUUCCUUGUUUGUUUUAGCGUAAUGUCCCCUUCAGUGCUAACUAACUGGGCUGACGAUGUUGAUGCCACAAUUUUCAUGCAACAACCAUCAAACAUAUUCUUGCUCGUAGACUUCGCACCCACACUAGCAUUCAUAGGUCCUCAGAUGUAUGCAAUUUUUCAUCCCUUCAUUCAUCAUCGACUAACCCUUGGGCAAGCUUACGAGGUCGUCAACAUCGUUCACAUCAACAUGAUCACACUCGCCAUGCUCAUACACAACUCGGCCUUUCUUCACUCAUGA